AUGCCGACUAAGGACUCCGGCAGGACGAGAGGCGGCGGCGGAGGAGCGAGGAAACUGGCGCCGGAGAAAUCGGCGUCGUUCCACGGGAGGGUCCCCACGGAGCACCGGACUCUCCGGCGGCCAAAGACGCAGCCCGACCUGAUCGGCGGGUCGAGGGUUUCUGCCGCCGGCACACCUCCGUGGGAUGCGGCGGCGGCGCCGCCUCCAGAUGUACCUCCGGCGAAGAGGAUACCGGCGAAGGUGCUGCUGAACGUGACGGUGCAGAGGAGUCUGGGGGCGGUGCAGGUUGUGGCGUCGACGGAUUGGACGGUCGGAGAGCUGGUAGCCGGGUUGCUGCAGCAGUACGCCAAGGAGGGGCGGCGGCCGUUGCUGCCGUCGUCGGAGCCCUCGGACUUCGCCCUGCACUACUCGCAGUUUAGUCUUGAAGGUACGCGGUCACAACCCUGCUCUCCUAAUCUCCGUCCUUCCCCAUCUCCUUCAACUCUGACGUAAAAGAUUUUCGAUCGAUUCCUCAUCUAUCAGACAUAUUUCCCAUCUGAAAAUGGGUGCAAUCUACGUCCGUUUGUCUUCUCGGGGAUCCCCGGGUUCCGUUUUAGAGAAUGAGAGGGCGAUUUCUUCAAGAUGAUCUGCGCGCUCUCGCCCUCACUAAAAGCGAGGUGGGGUCUGUGUGUCUCGACCAGGUUUGGAUCCCCGGGAGAAGCUAAUUACGUUGGGAUCGAGGAACUUCUUUCUCUGUCCGAAGCCCAGAGCUGAUCCAUCCCCGCUUCCCGCAACGCCGCCUGCGGCGGCGGCGGAGACGCCAUCCGCCUCGUCCUCCCCGGCAGUAGCAGCAGAGAAGACGUGCUCGACGGAGGCGGCGGCAGAGAAGACAUCCAAGGGCGUCGUGUCCCCGUGGCUCAGAUUAAUGGACUUCCUCCUGUAG